AUGGAAAACAUUCAAAACGUCAAAAGAUUCAUCCAGCAGUUGGACUCAUCCACUGCCGGUCUUGCCAAGAAACUCCACCCAGUGCUCAGCAAGCCCUUGGAUGAACAGGCAGCACAAUGUGAAUCCCCAGUGGCCCAAAUCAAACUCUACAACAACUAUCUCUACGUCUUGAUUUCCGUCUUGUACGCCUACCUCAAGUCCAUUGGGACCGACACCACGCAACACCCCAUCAUGAAGGAACUCACCAGAAUCAAAACAUACAUGGCCAGACUCAAGGAGUUGGAGGCCAAGCUCUCGCAGAAGGACACCUCGGAAGAGGACGCCCUCAAGGCCAAGUCAUAUCUCCAGCAUACCCUUGGUGGCAAGGUGAAUGGAGGUGGUGCAGCCCAGACCAGCUCGUUAACCACCCCUGCCAUCAGUUCUGGAAACUUUGGGAAACACACGAAAUUUGACGACAAGGAAGACGAUGAGGCCCACGAACGAGCCCUUGACUCCUCCGAGGGAGCAGCUAAGAAGAGUGGCAAGCCAAUACAGAAGAAGACCUCUCCCAGCAAUUUGCCUAAGAAGCCAACAACUACAUCGAAGGUGACAAAGCCGAAGAAGACAAAGGCCAAGGUGGUGAAGAAAGUGGUACGUUAG